AGGUUGUAAUAAUGAAGAGUUUUUCCGAGUGAUGAGAGCGCAUUAUCGGAUUAUGGCUGAAGCUGAGAGAUUCAAUUCGAUUAUUUCUGAGUCGCGCGCGAGUCUCGAUUAUAUCAGCUCGAAGGUAUCCCAGGGAAUGGAUCAGAUGAAGGAGGACAUCGCUAAAGAAUUAUUUAUUACCGAUCAUUUAACGAAGCUCAGUUCGAAAAUAGGAUUGCUGCUGCAACGUUAUUCCGAGUUGGAGGAAGGAUUGAUCGAGUUGGUGCGAAUGGAUCACAACACCAAGAAUGUACGGAUCGAGACACCAGCCGACAUCAACGAGGAAGUCAAGAACAUCCUCAUGGCGACGAGGAAGAAACAAUCUCAACAACAGCAACAACAAUCCGACCGUCCGCGAACGCCGAGGAAAUUGCGGAUAUCGACGAAUACUUCCAUAGGAAAUAAGGAGCCACAUAAUCCAAUCGUCGGUUCAAAGUUUCUCGUAUCGCCGUCAUAUAACAUUGCCGAUCUCUCAAAUGUAACAACAUCCGAGAGGCCGCGUACGCCCGCUUAUCCGGAAGUACAAUUACUGAACGAUCAGAGAAAUCCGGAAACUUAUGCAAAACCCAUUGGCUUCCGGCCGUCCUGGAAAUGCGAAGCUUAAA